GCACACAAACCCGUUCCACCCUUGUUUGAAGCUGCAUGCUCGUUGUUUGUGUAUCUAUUCCCUGCACUCUAAUCGAGUGCAGUCUUGCAGACAGAAUGCUCAAUCUGCCGUUCACUAAAGAAUCUAUGCAGAGUGAUGUGAGUAUUUGGGCUAAACACCCAGAAUGCUUGCUAAAAGGAAUAGAGACAUCCAUGGGCGUGACGGAUGCUUAGGGUUUAGAGGAGAGCUUAAUAUUGGAUCUCGCCAUUGCUACCUCGAGAUAGAACUGCCCGAAUAUGGUCUGAAAUGCCAUUAAUUUUGCCUGAUUAGAGAGGCUGCAGCAUUCUCAGCCCCUGUCUCCUACUCCUAUGGAGAAAUUAUACGAAUGAGGUACCCUCAUUUGCGCUGGUUUUCUUAGGCUUCCAACUUUAGCAAAUCUCCACUCAUUCUUCAUACCACUCUGUAUGUUGUGAGUUUUGUGAUACAGAACAGACAAACUACUUGGUGACUCUUAGACAGUCAGUAUGCAAAAUGAGAUACACCCAAGAAAAUAAACUUUUAUUAAACACACGGACAUAAAAACCAUACCCAUGCUUGGUUGGUUUUUAAACUUUGCGCUGUAUCAAGUCCAAUGUUGUUAUACAUACAUUUAAUUUUAGUAAUUUCUCUGUUAAAAAUGGUGAGUCUUUAAGGGGUUUGUGGUUUUUAGACCCUCUUUUGUCGUGAUUAUUAUUUUUAUUAUUUUUUAUUAUUUUUGAUUUAUUAUUUUCAAAAAGAGGGAGAAGGGCGGGGGCCAUGGCACCUCUCCUUUUUUAUUUAAUUAAUAGAGCUUUUUUACAGAAUCUUUUUAAUGGGUCUUUCAUUUGCCCUUGGUUCCCCGCACUUUUCAGUUUGCUUCAGAGUCUCUGCGUUCAGCUCAAAAUAUAGAAAAGGAGCACAAUGAAAUCUGUUCGUGCUGGCAAAUGCUUGAACUGGAUCACGUUGAUUGCGACUGUUGUUGACGCCGCCGCCAAUCGCACCUGGUACCAUGAAAUCCUUUUCAAGGAGAAAUCAAGCUAGUGCAAGCUACGUAAUGUCGUCAUGCCUGUUCUGUAGCUGCGAAUUUUAUCCGUUUACUACCACGCAGGCUAGACUUAUUCCGCCUGGCAAUAAAAGAAUACAGUUGACUAACAUUUUUAGUAGGGAUAAAACGACUCUGUGUUGGAUGAAACUGCUCUGCGUUGGAUAAAACAGUGGAUUUUGUCGUCUUUGAGAAACAGCAGCUGACAUAUCCAGCUUCAUGCUGGGUUUCGAAGAAAAGUCAAUAACCAGGUUCGAAACGAUGUGAACGCAGAUCUCGCUCACUCAACAUGAAUACACAAGAGAGAAUCCGGAGAAGACAGCACUUCAAAGAACUGCAAAUCGAGCGAUUUUUGUGGCCUAAAUGCUGCAGAUGUCGCCUACAAGCGUAGAUCAUCUCGUGGUCUAAUGACCAACAGCUGAAAAGUGAUUAAACGAGACGUAACGGAAUCUGGACGCAAGAUGCUGAGGUUUUUCAGGAAGAGGUUGAAAAAGAAACAUGUUUAUAGGAUUCGGAAUGGAAUGACACCUUUAUACAUGGCUGCGCAAGAGAAUCACAUUGAUGUUGCCAAGGAACUCCUCGCUCAUGGUGCUGACGCGCACCUCGCGGCAAGUGGAGGUUUUGAACCAGUUGAUGUUGCAAUACAACAACGACACUCAGAAAUGACAGCCUUCUUGAUGGAGCAAGGUUCAAAGAGAGGAUUCAAAGCGUUGCAUGUCAUAGCAAGGAAGGAUGCGUGCAACGCCGCGGCUUUGCUUCUAUCAAAUGGAUAUGAUCCAAACAUCACAGCCCCUAAUGGUUAUACUCCUCUUCACCUCGCUGCCAAAUAUGGCAGCAUAAACACGGCAUUGCUGCUGAUUGAGUCAUCGGCAAAUGUCGAUGCAGCUGCUAAGCACAAUAUCACACCGUUGCACGUAGCCUCGAAACACGGCCAAGCAGAGGUUGUGUCGUUGCUGAUCGAGGCUGGAACAAAACUUGAUGUGUUGACUAAGGAUGGCCUAACUCCACUCCAUUGUGCUGCAAGGGAUGGUCACGAACAUUGUGUUGAAUUGCUUCUUGUCCACAACGCUUGUUUAAAUGCAAAAACCAAGCAUGGCCUUACUGCUCUUCACAUGGCGGCCCAAGGUAACCACGUCAACUGUGCAAAUCUUCUUCUCGGCCACGGAUGCCACAUUGACUCACCAACCACGGAGGGUGUUAGCCCGCUUCAUGUGGCAGCGCAUUAUGGGAAUUCGAAUAUUACCCAGCUGCUUCUUGAUCGAGGGGCAGAUGUGGACAGGAAAGCAAGGAAUGGCUAUACGGCACUUCACGUUGCAUGUAAGAAGAACCGGGACGACAUCGUGCAGUUACUCAUUCGCUAUGGCGCAAACGUUCAUCUAAAAAAUAUGCAUGGACAGACAGCUCUUCAUCUGGCUGCUUACUUUGGUAUGGUGAAUAUUGUAUUGAUUCUGAUUCAGAACGGAACUCUUAUUGAAGAAAGAACCAUACGAGAGGAAACCAGCCUUCAUAUCGCCUGUCGGACCAAACAAAUCAAUGUUGCGCGGCUACUCCUGCGAAACGAGGCUGCGGUGGACCCAAGGUCAAAGACUGGCGAAACCCCUUUGUUGAUUGCAUCUCGACAAGGAUCUCAAGAAAUUGCUUCGCUUCUUUUGGCACAUGGUGCUGAUCCUGAUGCCACAAAUAAGGAUGAGUCCACUUCAUUGCACAUCGCUGCAAGAUUUGGCUGCGAAGCUAUUGUAGAAUGCCUGUUGGAGCAUGGUGCAAAGAUCGAUUCGCGAAAUAAGCAAAAGUGCACUCCAUUGCACGAGGCAACCCGAAGAGGCCAUCUUGAUAUUGUAAAAAUGUUGGUUGACAAGAAGGCGGAUGUAAAUGCAGAAGCUAAGAAUAACUUGCGACCGCUUCAUUUCGGAUGCCAUUAUCGUCAUGUGGAAGUUUCUGUUUUCUUAAUGGAUAACCAGGCUGAUCUUCAAGCAACUGCAAAGAAUGGAUUUACCCCGUUGCACAUUGUAUCGAAGAACAAUGCCCUCGACUUAGCCCAUCAUUUGCUCUCAAAGGGCGUUGAUGCUGAUACAACUACCAAAACUGGGAUAAGUGCAUUGCAUCUUGCUGCGAAGGAGGGAUGCUUCAUGAUCGCUGAUGCCCUUCUAGAAAACGGCGCCUCCCCUGGCAUCCAAACAAGGAAUGGCCUAACUCCCCUUCAUUUAGCUGCAAGAUACAACCAAUUACGCGUAGCAAAGAAACUCGUCAAAUAUGCCGCUCCUAUCAACGCACAAACGCCGAAUGGAUACACACCAUUGCACUAUGCUUGUUUUUACGGGAAUGAUGAAAUCGUCAAAUUAUUGCUUGAAGAAGGUGCAAAUGUUGAAGCAAAAACCAAGCAAGCGAACACUCCACUUCAUAUUGCUGCGUUGACGGGACACUCGAGCACCAUAGAGAUUUUGCUGAAAUACAACGCACCAGCCAAUACUUUGAAUAAGGAUGGCUUUACAGCCUUGUACAUAGCCGAAGUGACCCGCCGGACAGUUAUAGUAGAGACACUGAUCAAAGUUACGCAGGCUGUUAUCAAGACCAAGGAAAUUAAGUUAAACGAAGACGUAAAGCUGAGCUGCAGUUCUCCAGAGGAGCUUGAAGAAACACAGUUGAUCGAGGCAGCUGAUGAAUCUUACAUCGAAGCUUCAAAAGACCGAUUAAUAGUCAACGAAGAUUUCGAGGAAUCAUUUCUUGGCUUGAGCGAGUCGAGUCUCAUUGAUGCUGGAAACGAAUCAGUCGCGUCCUACCGAACGGCAGAAUACGAGGAAAACCUUUUCAGCGUCAGCGAAUCGCCCGAGCAAACAACAGAGACCCUCUCACCAACAUUUGAGGCACCCUUAGCCCCAGAGAUUUUGAUAUCAUCAGAGUCUGAAGAUAGGCCUGAGAGUAUAAUGGAAAUGGAGCCAACAAUUGUCGGAGGGUUCCUGAUCAGCUUUCUGGUCGAUGCAAGGGGAGGUAUCUUUGAAAGCAGGCAAACAGGCAUACGUGUGACUAUCCCAAGGGGAGCUUGCGAGAUGCCUACACGUAUAAUGUGCAAAUUGUUACGAAGCAGCCAGAAGGUGCCAAUGCCUAAACUAUAUAUAAACGAAGGACUAGUCAGCCGCGUGGUCGAAGUAGCUCCGCAAGGAUUGCAGUUCCUGAAGCCUAUCAUUAUGGAAUUACCUCAUUUUGGUUCUUUGAGAAAGCGUGAAAGAGAACUGAUUGUCUUGAGAAGCGAUCCUGACUCAGAUUUUUGGCGAGAGCAUGUUGCCACUAGGAUACAAUCAGAAGGCAUCGACGAGGAGGCUUUUGGUGAGAUGCCCAGCUCACCUGAACAUGGAUACAAGUCUGGUAGGCAGUUUGUGAAGAUUGUUUCUCAAGAUUUGCCCGAACGAUUUGCCGUUGUUUCAAGGCCACGAAAAGAAAAAUUCUUAAUGUUUCCUGAAGGAGGUGUUAUCAAAUCAUGCGUUUUGCCGAAGGCACAAGUGAUUUUUAAAGAAACAUCCUUAAAUACGAGCACAAAAGUUAUUUUACAGAUACAAUUCGUGAAUGAGCUACUACUGGAUCCAGCUGACACAGCAAAGUAUAGUUCAAUCAUUCGCUUACAACCUCAUGUCAAACUAGCCAACCCGGUCAACGUCACAAUGCCGUGCCCCUGGAUCACCACGGAUCACUCCUACGGGGUCCCACCCAAUCUCCGUCUACUCGCAAUGAUGCCGGCGAAUGAGAACGAGGUCAGUGAGAACUCGCAAUGGACAUGGAGCGAUGUAACAGAUGUGUGCUCUGUAACAGCCAGCGAAAACUGCUGUCACUUCCAAACUACAUACCUCACAACUUAUUGGCUGUGCCAAGACGACCAAACUGACGAAAUCCCAAGGAAAGUCGAAAGUCUGUACCCAUUGAUCUGUGGACUGCCCUUUUUGGCGAAGUUUGUUGUCUUCGCCCGCGCGUUGACGGUGAAUUCCGCAGAAAUGCGCGUGUUCUGCAUGACAGACGGCAAAACAGAAAGAGCACUAGAGAAGCGGGAAGGCUUUGUUGAGAUUGCACGUUCAGGGGAUGUUGAAGUGCACGACGAGCAGACUGUAUACCUAAAAUGCAAUGCUACAACAUCACCGGAUAUAAAGAGCUUGAAACUUACCUUUAAGCCCUUCAGAGAAAAUCGACUUGUAUUCAGGGCUACUGGGCUGAACUCGCGAGGUCCAUGGGCCUAUCGACUUGGAUUUAUCUCCAGUCUCAGGACAGAUGCUGAUGGAAAAAUCCCCUUGAUCUGCAGUCUCGAGGCUGUUGUAACUGAAAAGAUGGUGCGAAGCAAAAUGCAGAUUAUUCAGGAUUCUUAUUGGCACCAAGUGAGUGACAAUCUUCUGCAAACCAUUUCUCACAACAUUGGUGAAGUUUGGAAAAUUCUGGCAAAGAAUUUGCAUAUGAACGACAACGAAAUACAAGGCGUCAUCGACCUGAGCUCUGACCAACACGUACUUGCUGCUCUCACAAUGCUAGAAUUGUGGAGAUCAACGAGAGGGGAAGAUGCCAGUUUUGAAGUGCUGCGAGAUGCGCUUGAACAGACGGGCAGAGGCGAUCUCUGUGAUUUAGUUGAAUGCAAGUCCCCAGUAGCACUUCCACCUCGUCGAAUUCACGAUAACCCAUCCGUGUCACGUGAUACGAAACCCGUUGAAGCUAUUAGUUUGGACAGUGUUUUUACAUCUGAAAAGCGGGCGGGUGCUACCGAGGGAUUUCGUUUCGAUUUCCCGACAAAUGAAUUUAGGAAGAAUGAAGUUUCGGCGUUCGAUGUAGGGCCGGUGAUUGGCGAACAGGGGCCCAGGAUAGAUACCCAAGGGAGUUUGGGGCAAAAUGAAAGUGAGGAACAAAUAACUGAACAGUUUAUGGAACGAGAUAAGAGUGAAAUAGAUUUUCAAGAAUUGAUGGGCAACGAUGAACAGUUUUAUGAUUCGUACGAACCGACGGUGGCCGAAGAUUCAACGACGAGAGGCGAAAGAGCUGCCAACCUACCGAUUGAUGUUGAAGAAGAUAGUAGUUGCGAAGGUGUAGUAGAACUUGAAGAGAAACCACAGUUGAUUAUGCAAAAGAAAGACAUUUGCAGUGAGGACACUUUUGAAGAGGCAAUUGUUAAUGACGUACGAGGGUCACUCCAAAAUUAUUGA